GAGUCGAUUGCUCUGGGUACCGCGGUACUGAACUGCAUAUGGUAUGGUACGAAAGCAUCUAUCAACAGCAGGCUGGCAAGACCACACUAAUAAUACCGAGUCCUCCUCCUCCUUCACUCCUGCAGCUCUUUGGAGCCUGACUCUUUCUCCUCCGCCUCGUAUUUCAGCUGUUCAUCUGUACCCAAUUCCUGGUUCUCUGGUUGUUGCCUCACUCCCUUGUAGCCUUGAGAAGGCUGUAGUUCUCAACUGAACUGGAUCGGGGCUGGACAGGGUCAUUCUGCCUGUAACCUGACGACGACUCGUGGCACUUUGUUCGUGACCCCUCAACAUCAAACUCAACUUUCCAUCCUUGACCUCAUCUGUGAAGAACCGGCUUCGCCCCCACUUUCCUCUCCCCUCCCUUUCACCCCUCAUUCUCUCUCUCCCUUCUAAAAGAACAGAAAAGAGGGGGGGAAAGGCGAAAUUCGACAACCAUCCGCCACACUUAUCAGGCUUGAUCUGCAGCCUCAACGUCAGACUGAAAGUGUUCUUACCAAUCCAUUUCUCAGCUGCAGGUUGGACAGAAACUAGCAACAUCCGUUUUAUCCUCCCUCCCCUCCUCCCCCCAAUCUUUGAACAUGGCCACCACCCGUGAGCGCAGGAUUGCCAAAGAGUUGGCAGACAUGCACCAGGACAGAGACAAGUCAGGUGUUUCUGCAUCUCCAAUCGACCAGAGCAACCUGACACAUCUCAAGGGCACCUUUCCCGGUCCUCCAGAUACCCCGUAUGCCGGUGGGACAUACGUAGUGGACAUCCUGAUACCAGAUAUGUAUCCCUUCAAGUCACCCGUUAUGAAGUUUGACACCAAGAUGUGGCAUCCAAACGUCAGCAGCCAGACUGGCGCAAUCUGUCUCGACGUUCUUGGCAAUGGCUGGUCCCCCGUCGGUACUAUCAAGACCGCCCUGCUCUCCCUACGCAUGCUCCUCGAGGCCCCAAAUCCCAAAGAUCCCCAAGACGCAGAGGUUGCCAAGAUGAUGAUGGAAGAUCCCGAGUAUUUCGAGAGCGUCGCACAUGACUGGGCCGUCAGAUACGCUGGAGCCCCGAGGAUACAUCCUGCUCCCGAUCAGAUACAGCGGAAGAGCAAGGCCAAGAAGGAGGAUGACAUCAAUCGAUAUCAGGGCUGGAACAAAAACAUGGUCGACCGCUUCGUCAACAUGGGCUUUGAGCUUGAUAGCGUUGUCGACGCCUUCGCCUACGUGGGAAUCGAACGGAACGGCGGUGAGGAUUACGAGAUGGAAGAGGCCUACAUGGGAGAUGUCACAGCUCGUCUCUUAGGCGAGAACUGAGUACGAGCACACAGGCCGAGUGUCCGGAUAUAACAUGGGCAAAAGAGCGUGGAACAGCCAAGGACUCAUUGUCUUGUCCCAAGGGGCAUGAGAGCACGGCAGAGCAGAGCAUAAAUUUGUGCUUUGCGUGCUGUGCCCAAGACUUGGGGACUGCUUGCCCACCCACACAAGAGCUUGGUUCCAGAGGCAGUCGUUGCAAAAAGGCUACCAAGGCGUGAUGUGGAGGCAGCUUUGCUUUCUCUUAUUGUGUUGCAUGAUGCGGUGUGUUGAGAGACGACGUUGACAGAUCAUGUCGUCUACUCAGCAAAGUCUUGAGGGGUUCCUCAAGAGCAUAACGGCCGACAAAUUUUCAAAGUCGGUUUCGCAAUCAAGGCGUUUAGGUCAGCCAGGGGGGUUAUGAAGCAUUUUGAUCACUCAGCACAGCUUAGCCUUGCCAUCAGUAAAUGGGGGGGGGGGGUUGCUUCUUCUUUCUCUUCCAUGGGUUUUAUAGAAAUCUCAAAUCGAAGUCUACUAUUUGUAGCC